AUGCUCUUCGGGGUCAAGGACAUCGCUCUGUUGGAGCACGGGUGCAAGGCGCUCGAGGUGGACAGUUACAAGUCCCUGAUGAUCCUGGGAAUACCGGAAGACUGCAACCAUGAGGAGUUUGAAGAGAUCAUACGGGUCCCUCUGAAGCCUCUGGGCAAGUUCGAAGUGGCCGGGAAGGCCUUUCUGGAAGAAGACAGAUCCAAGGCAGCCAUUAUCAGGCUGGAGGAAGACAUCAAUUAUGCCGUGAUCCCCAGGGAGUUCAAGGGCAAGGGCGGCAUGUGGAGAGUGGUCUACAUGCCCCGGAAGCAGGACAUUGAAUUCCUGACCAAGUUGAACCUUUUCCUGCAAAGUGAGGGCAGGACGGUGGAGGACGUGGCCCGGGUCCUGAGGCAGGAGCUAUGCCCAACAGUGCCGGGCCCCCGAGAGCUUCCUGCCAGAAAGAGCCAGGCACCCGGGCCCGGGGAGAAGCUGGGGGCUGGGGCCCUGGCGGGCACUGACGGGGCGCCAGCUCUGGACUCCGUGGAGAAGCAGAGUAAGGCUGGAGAUGACAAGAGAGGCAAGCGAAAACACAAGAAAACCCGUCGACGGCACCAUGCAUCUGACAAGAAGCUGUGAGGUGUUUGCAGGAAACAGAAGAGGAGAAACAGGGUUCGUGACUCCAAGGAUUUGGAGAAGGUCUCUUGGCAGAGUUGAGGAAAAGCCAAGCCAGAGGACCACGUCGGGGAGAUCCCUGCUCUGGAGAAAAGCCACUAUCUCCUCUCCGCAACCCCCUGAGGCCUGCUGUCAGGGACAGCCCCUCUGGUUGAGUAUGUGUUGCCAGGAAGAGACACAGACCCUUCUAGCUUUGGACCCUGCUGGAGAUCCUGCCAUUGCAAAGUCUAGACCCGUUUUUUGUUUUUUGUUUUUUGGAUUUUGUUUUUGUUUUUGUUUUGUUUUGUUUUGUUUUGUUUUUGUCUUUUAAAAGCAUGGACCUUGAAGGUAACUCUCAUCCAGAGUGGACCACCCUGUUUUGCAGAAACUAUGCCUGACCAAGUGAGUUGCCUGCUGGCCACACCUGAGGAGCCCAGCGCUCUGUAUUUGACUUUCAAAAGCUGUCGCUGUCCUGUACACACUUGGUCUCCUUUACAAGGGAUGGUCACACAUGGGACUCUUCUGCUCCGAUUGGCCCCAGGGGUUAAGAUAUGGGUCUCCCCAAAUUCCAUUCCAGAAAUUCCAACUUAGGCACAGGGGCCACCCCACUCUAAAGAACAAAAGGCAAGACUUUCAGGAAAUGGUCCAAAAGGAGGUAAAUAAUUAGGAGGUCACCCUCAAGAGUUACCCAUUAACAACAUUAACUUGGAGUCCCCCAUGAUGCUGAAGAACAACAAAAACAAACAAACAAAAAAAAAGAAUUGGUAAAAUCCAAACGACCAUAGGUAGAUAGAGCUCUUAUUCAGGGACAUCCAGUCUGCGAAUUUGCAAACUUCCACUAGCUCAGGGAUUUGCAAAGGUUUGGGCUGAAUUUCUUUGGUUUAAAAAAAAAUGUAAUUUACAUGCAUGCCACUCUGAUUCUCACCUACCAAAGUGUGAUAAUGGAGACCCCCCCCCAACAUAUUACUGUGGUGAGCAUCAGUCACGUCUGUGAAUUCCAGCAUCCAAUCCCUGUUCUUAUUUCUGUGAGGCUACCCCCUGAGCUCCCACACCGAACAGAGCCUAUGCACCCCCCCAACCUUGGCAGCCAAGGUGCAGGCAAGAAACCCACACUCAGGCAGUCAUAAAUCCCUUUUAGGUCAUUGCAUUCCCAGCAAGCAUCAAGACAGAAGGAAUUUUUAGAGUUCACAGGCAAUGACACCCUAAAAAUCUGGAAGACUCUGAUUUCUGUAAUCUCCCUCAGCUGGCUCUGAAUCAUCAGCCUCAGCCGCACCAUCCUUUUCUUUUGUGCAAUGGUCGGGAUGAAGCUUUUCCUGCCAUUCCUGCAUAUAUAUUUACUGUUCUUGCAAGUGCAUCUGUGGUCAUAGUGCUUUAUUGAUAUUGACCUUUCUCUCCCUUGUAAGUUUCCAGCCGGGCAACCUCACUCGCAGUGUAUUAUGUUACUGUGUUCGCUGUUUCCUCAGAGUCUGGGCUUGAAUAAGACCUCAGGCACAUUAGCUUGUUGCAUGCCAUUCUCCCAUGAAGGCACAGUCAUUGUAUCAUAACAAGGGACAGUGUGACAUUCCUUAUUGUCUAUUGCAGCAUAGAGACUGAAUUUGUGCAUAUUGUGGGUUUGGGGUGUUUCCCGCACAACAUCCAUAUGUGUGAUACAAAACAUGAGUGUGAUUCAGUGUUCAUUGUUGCCCCUAAAACCCAAUCUCCUACCCCUUCUCGAGGUUUUCUGGAAGUUUCCUGACAUAGCAACAUAGCAACAAGCAGUUGUGUCAAUUGGCUACCAUUUGAAGCCAGUUAUCUGUAUGAGUCAAGACCUGGCUGGCACACAGCAAAUCCUAAGUGGAAAUUCCCAGAUAAAUUGGAUGUGCAGGCUAGGAGACGCCCACAGUUGGCCUGGUGAAGCCCCAUUUCUCAAGACAGGGUUCCACUCAAACUCUUCACUGUUCUUUGUGGUUGACGCUCUAUUGUACAAAUAGGAACUUGCAAAAUAAAUGUAUGUGAAUGAAA